AUGGUUGGCCUUUCUGCUGUGGACCUCAGAAUGGCCAUAAUCAAAAUCAACAAUGCAAUGUUUUUUGUUUUUCAAAAGUUCUGCUAUUUUCACACAGUUCAUGUCAACGGGAGUGACGUCUACCAGACCCCAACGCUGUGGGAGAAGGAGGGCCAGAGUGCCACUAUACACUGUAACCACACAAAGGGUCCUGAAUAUUACCAGAUGUACUGGUACAGACAGCUGCCAGGAGAAGACAUGGAUCUUAUCGUGUUCACACAAACAGCCAAAAAGGAUCACGACUUUGGAAGUCACAGCAAAGACAAAUUCUCUGCCACCAAGCUCAUCACUGAACCUGAGAGCGGGACAUUCACAGUGAAGAAUCUGAGGUCUAAAGAUAAAGGCUUGUAUUUCUGCUCCGUGAGUCAACACAAUGAUGCAGAUCUGACUGAUGGAAGAGAUGUCUACCAAACCCCUAUGUUGUGGGAGAAGGAGGGCCAAAAUGCCACAACGCACUGUAAUCACACAUGGGGUGCUGGAUAUUACCAGAUGUACUGGUACAGGCAGCUGCCCGGAAAAAAUAUGGAGCUCAUCGUGUACACAACUACAGUCGCAGGAGGUAACGACUUUGGGAGUCACAGCAAAGACAAAUUCUCAGCCACCAAGACUAAAGCUGAGAGCGGAACAUUCACAGUAAAGAAUCUGGAGCCAGAAGAUCAAGGCUUGUAUUUCUGUGCUGUUAGUGAGCACGUAAUGAUCCCAGCUGCUCUGAUCAGACUCUCUGCUGCUCUGCUCUGUGUUGGAGGUGUAGCUUAUGGGAGUGAUGUGACCCAAACUGGUCUGCUGUGGACGUAUGAGGGUCAGUCUGCCACCAUCGACUGCAGCCACACCAAGGGUGCUACUUACGACGAGAUGUAUUGGUACCAACAGCUGCCAGGAGAGGGAAUGAAGCAGAUCGUUUUUACCACUGCAUACAGUGAUCAUCAAUAUGAAAGUGGUUUUGACAAGGACAAGUUUACAGCAGAGAAGAAGAAUGCUCAGACUGGAUCUCUGACAGUAAAAAAUCUACAGCCUGAAGACAGCGGAGUGUAUUUCUGCUCUGUGAAAGAACACAGUGAUGCAGGUGAUUUAAGGAGCAGCACAAAAACCCUGCUGCUGCUGUCACUGAGAACUGAAUCUGAACUGGUAACAUGUCUGAAUGUCAGUCACUACAGAGACGAAGAGGAAGAUAAAGACAUCAUGAGCAGAAACCUCAGCAGGAUCACUAUUCUGCUUUUCUGCUUCUUCUGUCUUUCUCGGAGCAACAAUGUCCAUCAGGAGCCUCCAUCAAUACUGGGAAGUCCUCAGGAUUCUGUUCAAAUCAGCUGCAGCCACUCAAUCAGUUAUUAUAAUACAAUCCUGUGGUACCAGAAGCCCAUGAAGGAGUCUGCUCUGAAACUGAUCGGAUAUAUUCAAUACUCUAACCCUGUGUAUGAGAUUGAUUUAAAACAGAGUUUUAAUAUGACAGGAGAUGGCUCAAAGAAAGCUGAGCUUCAUGUGCUGAAACUCCAAAAAGGAGAGAGCUGCAUUUACUACUGUGCAGCUAACAAAUUCUCAGUCACCAAGACUGAAGUUGAGAGAGGAACAUUCACGGUAAAGAAUCUGGAGCCAGAAGAUAAAGGCUUGUAUUUCUGUGCUGUGAGAAAACACAGUGAUACAAAAACAUUAAUGAUCCCAGCUGCUCUGAUCAGACUCUCUGCUGCUCUGCUCUGUGUUGGAGGUCUAGCUUAUGGGAGUGAUGUGACCCAGACUGGUCUGCUGUGGACGUAUGAGGGUCAGUCUGCCACCAUCAACUGCAGCCACACCAAGGGUGCUACAUACGACCAGAUGUACUGGUACCAACAGCUGCCAGGAGAGGGAAUGAAGCAGAUCGUUUAUACCACUGCAUACAGUGAUCAUCAAUAUGAAAGUGGUUUUGACAAGGACAAGUUUCCAGCAGAGAAGAAGAAUGCUCAGACUGGAUCUCUGACAGUAAAGAAUCUUGAGCCUGAAGACAGCGGAGUGUAUUUCUGCUCUGUGAGAGAACACAGUGAUGCAGGUGAUUUAAGGAGCAGCACAAAAACCCAGCUGCUGCUGUCUUUCUCUGAGCAACAAUGUACAUCAGGAGCUUCAUUAAUACUGGGAAGUCCUCAGGAUUCUGUUAAAAUCAGCUGCAGCCACUCAAUAAGUUCUUAUGAUACAAUCCUGUGGUACCAGAAACCCAUGAAGGAGUCUGCUCUGAAACUGAUCGGAUAUAUUCGAUACUCUACCCCCGUGUAUGAGAAUGAUUUCAAACAGGGUUUUAAUAUGACAGGAGAUGGCUCAAAGAAAGCUGAGCUUCAUGUCCUGAAACUCCAAAAAGGAGAGAGCUGCAUUUAUUACUGUGCAGCUACUUAUGGGAGUGAUGUGACCCAGACUGGUCUGCUGUGGACGUAUGAGGGUCAGUCUGCCACCAUCAACUGCAGCCACACCAAGGGUGCUACUUACGACGAGAUGUAUUGGUACCAACAGCUUCCAGGAGAGGGAAUGAAGCAGAUCGUUUUUACAACUGCAUACAGUGAUCAUCAAUAUGAAAGUGGUUUUGACAAGGACAAGUUUACAGCAGAGAAGAAGAAUGCUCAGACUGGAUCUCUGACAGUAAAAAAUCUACAGCCUGAAGACAGCGGAGUGUAUUUCUGCUCUGUGAAAGAACACAGUGAUGCAGGUGAUUUAAGGAGCAGCACAAAAACCCUGCUGCUGCUGUCACUGAGAACUGAAUGUCUUUCUCUGAGCAACAAUGUCCAUCAGGAGCCUCCAUCAAUACUGGGAAGUCCUCAGGAUUCUGUUCAAAUCAGCUGCAGCCACUCAAUCAGUUAUUAUAAUACAAUCCUGUGGUACCAGAAGCCCAUGAAGGAAAGAGGAGGGUUCGAAGAGUAUUUCCCUCCCUCAGGCAGUCAGUGUGUCAUGACAGAGUCUCCUGUGAACAGGAUCAUUAUGAAAGUUCUCAUCACAUUUAUACUCUCUCCUCUGUGGAUUCAAGUUCACUGCCAGGACGUGGCCCAGUACCCAGAAGUCCUCUGGAGCUACGCCUCCACGUCUGCAGCGAUGAACUGCAGCCACAACAAAGACGUGUCCCACACUCAGAUGUACUGGUACAGGCAGCGUCCGGGGGAGGCCAUGACCCUGGCCGUGUACACCGCUUUGGGGGGGCAGCCAGACUACGGAGAGAGCUCUCAAAGCAAAUAUUCAGCCGUCAAAGACAACAUCGAGAGCGGGGCUCUCACUGUAAAGGACCUGGAGCCCGGUGACGGCGGAGGUCUUGAAGUGCGUCAGUCUCCCUCUGAGCUCAUCACAAAACAUGAUGAAAAUAUACAGAUUUCCUGCAGCCAUGAGAAAACCAACUACUGGGUAAUGCUCUGGUACCAACGCUCGCCCAGAGACACUGCUAUGAAACUCAUUGGAAACCUGUACUUCAAAAAUGUUGAAAUGGAGGAACCUUAUAAAGAGUAUUUUAACAUCUCUGGAGAUCUGAGUGGGAACACAGCCAAGAACAGCUCUCUUCUAAUCAAACCCGCUGCAAAAGAGCCCAGCGCCGUUUACUAUUGUGCAGCGCGAGAAACACGACGACUAAAAUCCUGUCGGAACUUUACAAAAACUGCUCCCAAGUCUUUCAUCAUUAGUUUCGGUGGUACCGGGGUGGAGGAAAGUGAUGGAGGGUUUACGGCAGGAGACCAGGAGGCGCACGGCGUUGGAGGGCGACCAGCGGGUAUUUUCCGUGGCGUCACGAGGGUAAUGAUCUGGUGGAGGCAGCCGGAGGUUCAGGGUUCAGCGGAGGGUUCUCAGAGUUCUUUUACGGGUCACCUGGGGAGGAGACGCACCAGAAAUUACUCGGAGAGUUCGCUAGGAAUAAUACACAGGGAAACGCACGAUGACCUGGUGUACCAUAAUAAUUCGGGAGAAUCAGGUCAAGUGAGCGCUGUCACAUUUCAGCAAUCUGCUUCCCAGAUAGUGAGGGACAAAGCCCAGGUCCGCAUUACCUGCAGUCAUGACGACAGCAACCUGCCGGUGAUGCUCUGGUACCAGCAGAGUAAAGAGACCCGCUCAGUGGUCCUGAUUGGGUACACGUAUAGAAACAACCCCCCGACCUACGAGGGUCAGUUUAAGGACCAGUUUGAACUGAGCCCGGAGGGCCCGACAGCGGGAGCGCUGACGGUACGCAGCGCCAACGCGUCCCACUCUGCCGUCUACCUCUGCGCUGCCAGCCCA